CUACGGCGCCAUGAAUAUCUUACCCAAGAAGAGCUGGCACGUCCGGAACAAGGACAAUGUCGCCCGCGUGCGGCGUGACGAGGCCCAAGCCCGGGAGGAGGAGAAAGAGCGUGAGCGGAGGGUGCUGCUCGCUCAGCAAGAGGCCCGCACAGAAUUCCUACGGAAGAAAGCCAGGCAUCAGAACUCACUACCUGCGGCUGAAGCAGCAGCAGCAGGAGCCCCAAGCUGUUCUGGCCCUGUGGAUCUGUUUCGAGAGCUGCUGGAAGAAGGGAAGGGGGUGAGCAGAGGCAAUAAAGAGUACGAGGAAGAGAAGCGACGAGAGAAAGAGAGGCAAGAGAAGGCUCUGGGCAUCCUGACGUACCUGGGCCAGAGUGCAGCGGAAGCCCAGACUCAGCUCCCUUGGUACCAGCUCCCCCCAAGUCGGGGCGGCCCCCCGUCUGGUCCAGGACCAGAUGAGAAGAUCAAGAACCGCCUGGACCCUCUGGGGGAGAUGCGGAAACAUUUGGGGAAGAAGAGAAAGCACAGUGGUGACAGUGGCAGUCACAGCAGAAAGGAAAAGGAGGGACCUGAGAAGCGACCCAAAGAGCCCCCGUCCCUGGACCAGCUUCGAGCUGAACGUCUCCAGCGGGAAGCGGCCGAGAGGGCUCGGGCAGAGGCCCUGCUGGCCCGGAUCGGAGGCACGGCAGCCCAGGAGGAUCAGCCAGAAGAGGUGGACGAUCGGCGGAGGCGGUACAACUCCCAGUUCAACCCCCAGCUGGCCCGGCGCCCCCGCCAGCAGGAACGCCCCCUGGCUCACUGACUCAGGGGGUACAGGAGAGGCCGCUGCUGCCAGCCGUCAUAUAAAACUAUUUAUUCAUAAAUAUUUUCCAAAAUGAAAA